UGCUCUGAGAGACCGCUGACACAGAGUUUAACACGGUGAGAUUCUCUGCAUCAAAAAGAGACAAACCCCUUGGGAUAGAAAUGCAUUAUCCGAUCGACAGUGUCUUGAAAAUAUACUACAGUACACUUGGUGUUAUUGGAAUACCAGUUAAUUUAGUGGCGAUAUUGGUCCUGUCUCGUGGAAAAUGUGGCCUUUCUCCUUGCACCACUCGCUACCUGUUGGCUAUGGCAAUGGCGGAUCUAUUAUUUAUUAUUACAGAGGUCAUACUAUGGCGAAUCACUUAUUACUAUUUCCCAUCAUCUUUCUUUCUCAUUACACCUGUGUGUAGUGUUAUCUAUGCUCUGCGUUGUGCAACCAUGGACUGUUCAGUCUGGUUCACCAUUAAUUUCACCUUUGAUCGAUUUGUGGCUAUUUGUUGUCAGGGCCUAAGGGCAAAGUAUUGCACAGAGAGAACAGCAGCUGUGGUUUUAGCAACAACAGGUUGUUUCCUCUGUUUGAAAAACAUACCUCAGUACUUCAUACUGGAGCCUGGAGAUGUAAUAGACAAUGUGCCAUGGCUUUGCUACAUAAAACCAAGAUAUCAUACGGACCCUGGAUGGGUGUUAUUUAAUUAUUUUGAUAAAAUUUCAACUCCAUUGCUCCCAUUUGUUUUAAUGUUUUUGCUGAACACUCUAACUAUAAGACAUAUAUUAGUAAGUAGUCACGUCCGUAAGAGAUUGAGAGGUCAAAACACCAAAGAUAAUUGCAGUGAUGCAGAAAUAGAGAGUAGGAGGAAGUCUGUGAUUUUGCUCUUCAGCAUAUCCAGCAGCUUCAUUCUUCUGUGGUUGGUGCGUGUUGUAGAAUUUUUGUAUUAUAGCAUUGCAGGUGCAAAUACAAGGGAUUAUAACAAAUCUGAAUUCAUAUUACAAAGAGUUGGACUGAUGCUGCGCAAUUUGAAUUGCUGCACAAACACAUUCAUUUAUGGAACGUUGCAGGCCAAGUUUCGAGAGCAGCUCAUGAGUGCAGUGCAGUAUCCCAUCAAAUCAAUGCUUCGACUGAUAAAGAAACAGACUGACUGA